AUGAAAAUCAAAGCCCUCUCCCGCUCUGCGAGCGACUACCAGGCUGCGGGCACGAACGUGUCCCGCACGCCGAGGAAUCUUGACCCGGCCCUGCACCCGUUCGAACGUGCCCGCGAAUACACGCGCGCCCUCAAUGCCACCAAGAUGGAGCGCAUGUUCGCUCAGCCGUUCCUUGCGCAGCUCGGGAAAGGUCAUGUCGAUGGAGUCUACUCCAUUGCGAAGGAUCCCGAAUCUCUCCAGCACUUUGCCAGCGGUAGUGGUGAUGGUGUCGUGAAGGUCUGGGACUUGACAAGCCAGGAGGAGAUAUGGCAGGGCUCCGCGCAUCAGAACAUGGUCCGCGGGCUUACCUGGUCGCGCGACAAGAAGGUCUUGUCCUGUGGCGCGGACAAGACAGUCAAGAUGUUCGAUCCGUACAAGACUACCAGCGGCAGCCCUCCAGUAGCAACCUGGCUCGGACAAGGCGCCUUCACGAGCAUCACCCACCACCGCUCCGAUCCUGCUGUCGCCGUAUCUUCGUCCAGCCAGAUAUCCAUCUACGAUACCACGCGUCCUGCCUCGAACCCUUCGCAAACACUCGCCUGGCCCACCGCAAUCGACACCAUCAACGCCGUCUCCUUCAACCAGACAGAGACCUCAAUCCUUGCGUCUGCAGCCUCGGACCGCAGCAUCGUCAUGUACGACCUCCGAACCUCGUCGCCGCUGCACAAGACGGUGCUCACGCUCGCGGGCAACUGCAUUUCCUGGAAUCCCAUGGAAGCCUUCAACUUCGCGUGCGGCAGCGAAGACCACAACGUCUACAUCUUCGACAUGCGCAACAUGAAGCGCGCCCUCAACGUCCUCAAAGACCACGUCGCCGCCGUCAUGGACGUCGACUGGUCGCCGACGGGCGAGGAGCUCGUCUCGGCGUCGUACGACCGCAGCAUCCGCCUCUGGACCCGCGGCCAGGGCCACUCGCGCGACAUCUACCACACCAAGCGCAUGCAGCGCGUCUUCUCGUGCGCCUGGUCCCCCGACAACAACUACGUCCUCUCCGGCUCCGACGACGGCAACGUCCGCCUCUGGCGCGCCAAGGCGUCGGCCCGCCAGGGCGUCAAGUCCGCCGCCGAGCGCCAGAAGCUCGAGUACGACCAGGCGCUCAAGGAUCGCUACAAGCACAUGCCCGAGAUCAGGCGCAUCGCCCGCCACCGCCACGUGCCCAAGGUGGUCAGGAAGGCGGGCCAGAUCAAGGCGGAGGAGAUCAAGUCGAUCAAGAGGAAGGAGGAGAACGAGAGGAGGCACUCGAGGAAGGGCGAGGUGCGCCGGAGGAGCGAGAGGGAGAAGAUGGUCAUGGCUACGGAGCAGUGA